ACCAUUUUAUUGACCACAUUCACUGAAACCAGAACCAAAUCGACAGACGAAUUCUUAGAUCGAAGCAAUAUGCCGUCGUGGGAAGCGCACAAAUCGUCGGCCGGCGGCGAGUCGGCCCAAAUCUCGAUCCGGUCCGUCUGGGCCGACAACCUCGACGACGAGUUCGACCUCAUCAGGGAGGCCGUCGAGCGCUACCCCUUCGCGGCCAUGGACACCGAGUUCCCCGGCGUGAUCCACCGCUCCCGGAAGCACCCGGCCGCCCUCACCGCCGCCGAGCGUUACGACGCCCUCAAGGCGAACGUCGACGCCCUCCGCCUGAUUCAGGUGGGGCUCACCCUCUCCGACGCCGCCGGGAAUCUUCCGGACCUCGGCGGCGAGGACGGCGUUCGCUACCUCUGGGAAUUUAACUUCCGCGACUUCGACCCCUGCCGCGACCGCCACGCGCCGGAGUCCGUCGAACUGCUCAAGGCCAAUGGGAUCGACUUCGAGAAGAACCGGGCGCGUGGGAUCGACUCCCGCCGCUUCGCCGAGCUGCUCAUGUCGUCCGGGCUGGUGUGCAACGACUCCGCCGUGUCGUGGGUCACGUUCCACAGCGCAUACGACUUCGGCUACUUGAUAAAGAUCCUUACUUGUCGCGACCUUCCGAAGAAUCUGCCGGAAUUCAUGGUUCUCGUCAGGAUUUUCUUCGGGGAGAGGGUAUUUGACAUGAAACACAUGAUCAGAUACUGCGACAGUUUGUAUGGCGGGUUGGAUCGAGUCGCCGCCACACUCCAAGUCGGCCGGGUUGUGGGACGGUGCCACCAGGCAGGUUCCGACAGCUUGCUAACGUGGCUGGCCUUCCGCCGGAUGAAGGAGAUCUUCUUCGUGGAGGACGACGGCGAGAGGCACGCCGGAGUUCUCUACGGUCUGGAAGUUUGCUGACGUAGGAAUUGGAGUAAAUUAUACAAUUCGUAUUCAUAAUUUGUUAUGGUAGAAUGUUGAUUGGUUCUUAAUUUGAUUAGUAACUUACUGAAUUGAUCCUUUGCAA